CUCCCGUCCCCCUCCCCUCAGCUCGGGCCGCAGCUCCCGCUAUGGCUGCGCUACGGAGGCUCCUGUGGCCGCCACCUCGGCUGUCGCCGACGCUCGCCCCUCAGCAACCCUUCCUCUCGCCGUGGGGGCGGCCUGCGGGGACGGCUCCCGGGCUGUCGGGUCGGCCCUUCUCCUGCAGGGAGGAGGACGAGGGGGCCGUGGCUGAGGCGACGUGGCGGCGGCGACGCUGGGGCGAGUUGAGCAUCGCGGCGGCAGCGGGCGGCGGGUUAGUGGGCUUCGUGUGCUACCAGCUCUAUGGAGACCCCAGAACUGAUCCUUCAGAGCUAGCGGUUCCAGAGCUUGAGGACCCGCCCCGAGGGAGGGGGUUGCUACCCAUCCCGGUGGCUGCUGCCAAGGAGACGGUUGCUACUGGCAGAGCUGUUACUGAAGAUUUGGACCUCUAUGCCACAUCUCGAGAGAGACGGUUUCGUUUAUUUGCAUCUAUAGAAUGUGAAGGACAGUUAUUCAUGACUCCAUAUGAUUUUAUUUUGGCUGUUACAACAGAUGAGCCCAAAUUUGCUAAAACGUGGAAGUCACUUUCUAAACAGGAAUUAAGUCAGAUGCUCUCAGAAACACCACCAGUUUGGAAGGGGUCAUCAAAGCUUUUUCGAAAUCUUAAAGAAAGAGGUGUGAUUUCUUAUACAGAAUAUCUUUUUCUAUUAUGUAUCUUAACAAAGCCACAUGCAGGUUUUAGAAUAGCUUUCAACAUGUUUGACACUGAUGGAAAUGAGAUGGUGGAUAAAAAAGAAUUUUUGGUGCUUCAGGAGAUAUUCAGGAAAAAAAAUGAAAAGAGAGAAACUAAAGGAGAUGAAGAAAAACGUGCACUGCUGCGUCUUCAACUUUAUGGAUACCAUUCUCCUACUAAUAGUGUACUUAAAACAGAUUCUGAGGAACUCGUCUCCAGAAGCUACUGGGAUACACUGAGACGUAACACAAGCCAAGCGCUCUUCUCAGACCUCGCAGAGCGUGCUGAUGACAUCACAAGCUUAGUAGCUGAUACUACACUUCUGGUUCACUUUUUUGGAAAGAAAGGAAGAGCUGAGCUCAACUUUGAAGAUUUUUAUAGAUUUAUGGAUAACCUACAAACAGAAGUUCUAGAAAUAGAAUUUCUUUCCUACUCUAAUGGAAUGAAUACUAUCAGUGAAGAAGAUUUUGCCCAUAUUCUUCUACGGUAUACUAAUGUGGAAAAUACAUCUGUAUUUUUGGAAAAUGUGCGCUACAGUAUACCUGAAGAAAAGGGCAUCACAUUUGAUGAGUUCAGGUCAUUUUUCCAGUUUCUAAACAACUUAGAAGACUUUGCAAUAGCUCUCAAUAUGUAUAACUUUGCAAGCCGUUCUAUAGGACAAGAUGAAUUUAAACGUGCAGUGUAUGUAGCUACUGGACUGAAACUUUCACCACAUUUGGUGAACACUGUCUUCAAGAUUUUUGAUGUUGACAAAGAUGACCAGCUAAGUUAUAAAGAAUUUAUUGGGAUUAUGAAAGACAGACUCCAUAGAGGAUUCCGGGGUUAUAAAACAGUCCAGAAGUAUCCCACCUUCAAAUCCUGCCUGAAAAAAGAACUUCACAGCAGAUAAAUCCUCCUAAAACAGUGAUUGAAGAAUUAUGGUCUACGUGACAAGGCAAGAGGCAAGUUUCUGAGAGUGGAUCCCAGUGUGAGGUCAGAGCAUGCAGAAAAUAAAGGGAAAGGUGGAAUUUACCUUUUUUUCCCCCCUUGAACUGAGUUUGUCAAUGUAAAGCAGGAAAACUGCAUCUUGUGAUUACAAACGUUAGCCCUGGGUUUGACCCCAAACACCACCAAGAGAAAACUUACCACAUAUGUAAAUAUAACGAGCUGAGCUUUCACUUUGAUUGGCCGGUCGGAACUUUUUCAUUCCCUCCACAGUACAUGGGUAGUCCUGAUGGCUAGCUGAGAGUAUUUUUAGAUUGUUUAUUUAUUUAUUAGAAAUGUCCUUUAUUUCAAAAUAAUGUAUGAAUGAUAGAAUAUAACAGACCUAAAAAUGGAAACACAUUUUCUGGUUUGGACUGUACUGUUUCAGGUUUGUCCUAAGACCCUUAGAGUUGUUAGGAUGUCCCUGUUAUUUAUCUUGUAUUUAUUUGUGUUGAAGUAAUUUCAGAAAACAAGUGAAAAUUUACUAAGUAAUACGAUGGUUUACAGUGUACUUUAAACUUUUAAAAGUACUUAUGUAAUAUACAUUGUUAGGUUUGUGUAGAUUUUUGUUUGUUUUUUCUGUUCUUUGUGUGUUUUGUUUGUUUGGUUUGGGGGAUUUUUAUGUUUUUCUUUUUUGUUUUUUCAAAGCCAACAGAAUU